GAUGGUGAUCCACGUCAUCACAUCACAUCGGCUCCGGGUCGGAGUCGGCAUGCUCACCGUCUCAAGAAAGGUCAGAGAAGAAAUUUGGUUGCCCAUCCAACGCCAAAAAUAUAACGGCAGCUUUCCUAUCUUUCUCCCUCUUCAAGUAACUGAAUCAAAGACAUCAGCUUCUCGUUGUUCAGUGUUGGAAAGUACGCAGUCGCUCAAUUAGCGAGCCAGACUACCAAAACCAGAAUCAUAAACCCUAAUCAAAUUUGAUCAGGAGUUGAUUUGCUGGUAAUCUUGAGGAGAGCAAAGGCGAGACGGCGAGAUGGGAAAGAAGCAGCAUAGCAAGGACAGAAUGUUCAUAACCAAAACGGAGUGGGCAACAGAAUGGGGUGGCGCCAAAUCCAGAGAAACCCGUACCCCUUUCAAACGCCUUCCCUACUAUUGCUGCGCACUUGCAUUUACGCCGUUUGAGACUCCGGUAUGCACGAUUGACGGCAGUGUAUUCGAUAUAAUGAAUAUCAUGCCUUACAUUAGAAAGUACGGGAAGCAUCCUGUUACUGGAGCUCCAUUGAAGCUAGAGGACCUCAUUGCACUUACUUUUCAUAAGAAUGCUGAAGGAGAAUACCAUUGUCCUGUCCUAAACAAAGUUUUUACUGAAUUUACUCACAUCGUUGCGGUGAAGACUACAGGAAAUGUCUUCUGUUAUGAGGCAAUUAAAGAGUUAAACAUCAAGACUAAGAACUGGAAGGAGCUUCUAACAGAUGAAACAUUCGCAAAGGAAGACCUUAUAACCAUUCAGAAUCCUAAUGCACUUGACAUUAGAGUUACCCUGGAGUUUGAUCAUGUCAAACAUAGUCUGAAAGUUGAUGAUGAAGAACUGAAAAAAAUGAGCUCUGACCCUGGGUAUAACAUUAAUAUUACUGGGGAUAUCCAGCAGAUGCUUCAAGAGCUUGGAACUGAGAAAGGGAGGCAAACUGCAUUGCUCGGUGGAGGUGGCAGUAAAGCACAAAAUGAAAGGGCUGCUGCUCUCGCAGCCAUUUUAGAAGCAAGGUCACGCAUCAAAGAGGGUCCAAAUUCAGAUUCAAAGGGAGAAGCUAAAGCCCAACAAGCUUUUAGUAUUGUAGAUGCUGCAUCUGCAUCAGUACAUGGAAGAAGUGCUGCUGCAGCAAAAGCUGCACCAACUGAUAAAACUGCUGCACGAAUAGCUAUGCACAUGGCUGGUGAGAGGAUGCCUGUGAAUGCUAAGAUGGUAAAGAGCCGUUUUAGUUCUGGCGCUGCUUCGAGAUCAUUCACUUCAACUUCAUUUGACCCUGUCACCAAAAAUGAGUUUGAAUAUAUUAAAGUGGAGAAGAAUCCCAAAAAGAAAGGUUAUGUUCAGUUGCACACAACACAUGGUGAUUUGAACAUUGAACUUCACUGUGAUAUAACUCCCAGGACGUGUGAGAACUUCAUCUCUCUCUGUGAACGUGGUUACUACAAUGGGGUGGCCUUUCACAGAAGCAUCCGGAACUUUAUGAUUCAAGGAGGUGAUCCCACCGGUACAGGGAGAGGAGGUGAAUCUAUAUGGGGAAAGUCCUUCAAAGAUGAACUGAACUCGAAGUUACUUCAUUCUGGAAGAGGUGUUGUCAGUAUGGCUAACAGUGGUCCGCACACAAAUGGUUCCCAGUUUUUCAUCCUGUACAAAUCUGCAAAUCAUUUAAACUUUAAGCAUACAGUUUUUGGUGGAGUUGUUGGUGGCUUGACUACACUGGCAGCAAUGGAAAAGGUUCCUGUUGAUGACGAUGACCGACCUCUGGAGGAGAUUAAGAUAAAUAGCGUUACUGUUUUUGUUAAUCCAUACUCAGAGCCUGAUGAAGAAGAAGAAGAAGAUGAAGAGAAGACCAAAAAUGAGAAGAAGAUAGAUGAUGAAGAGAAUGAUAAGGUUGGGUCAUGGUAUAGCAAUCCUGGAACAGGAACAACAGAAUCUGGUUCCUUGGGUGGUGUUGGUGUUGGAAAGUACUUGAAAGCAAGGAAUGCUCCAGCUGGAUCUGGUCCAAUUACCAAUGCGAUUGACACUAGCUUGGCAACGAAUGCGACAUCAAAGAAAAGAAAAGUGGGGAUUUCAACGGGAGAAUUUAAAAACUUUUCUGCCUGGUGAGAAUUCCCUAAUCUUGUACCAUAAUGGCUGAAUUUUGAAAUAUGCUUUGUAUUUGGUUUAGUUUGCCUUAAAAACUACCCUUGUAGAAAAUUAUAUAUGAAUCAGAGUAAAAGGGGCAUGUUAUUGAUAAAGUUUGUUGUUUAGUCUGUA